UUUUAGUUAUUUUCUUUUGACGAUAGAACUUCUGUUUCGGUUUCCUAUUUUCACGUUUGAGCAGAGGAGAUCCUACACUUCAGUGCACGAUAAAGAGAAAUGGAAAGCUAGUUUUCUUUCUUUUUAUUCCCAGCUUGUUAUUGUCAUAAUUUACAGGAGGAAAAUGGGUUAUUUGCAUUAGACAAAAAUGACAGAUUUUCAAGCUUUACAACAAAAACCUGAAUCCCAACACGAUGAUGGAGCUGAAUUCGAAAGGGGUUUGGAGGAAUUAAUGAGGGGGCAUUUUGACGAUUGUAUGUCAUUUGCAUCAUGUAGUGUUAGUAGAAGUCCUGAUGAAGAGGAUGAUGAGGGUGAUCGACUUGUUAGGAGGAGGGCGAGGUCUGAUAUUGAAGGUGAUGACUUAGCUGAGUCAUCUGCUGCAAGAAGGCGGCAUUCUAGGAUUUUGAGUAGGUGGGCUGCUAGGCAGGCUCAGGAAAUGAUAACUACAAUGGAGAGGAGGAACAGGGAGUCUGAGCUGAUUGAUUUAGCUGGUUUACAUACAGUUUCGAUGCUUGACUCCUCUUUCUUGAGAGAGUCACAGUCGCCUACUUCUAGGCAACAAGGGGGUAAUGUUGACAGAUCCAGUACUCAGGCUUCUGCCAUUUUGCAAAUGUGGAGGGAGUUGGAGGAUGAGCAUUUGUUGAACAGGGAGCAAAGGAAUGCUGAUGGUAAUAGGACCAUGUCUAGUAUUACUCUGUCCGAGAGUCAUGAGAGUGAGAAUCAAGGGAGUGUUGGGGAUGUGACUGAGUGUGAGAAUGAGUCUGGAACUUGGUCGAAUGAUCAGGGUGUGUCACAGAAUGAUCAUGGGAAUGACAAUGGGUCUAGUAGGGAGCAGUCUCCUGAUCUUGGGGAAGUUGAGAGAGAGAGGGUGAGACUAAUUGUUCGGGGAUGGAUGGAGAGUGAGAUUAAUGAUCAUUCAUCAAGUGUUACCCAAAGGACUGGCAGUCCCAGAGCUGAAUGGCUUGGUGAAACAGAGCGUGAGAGAGUUAGAAUUGUCCGGGAGUGGGUUCAAAUGACAAGUCAACAGCGAGGAGUUCGUGGGGGACAGAGAGAAGAUCAGGAAGAUACAAUUGGUGCACAAGUAGACCAUAUUCCUCAUAGCUCUUCUACUGACCAAGAUGAAGGUCAACCAGAGCAUAUUCGUAGGGACUUGAGGAGGUUGCGUGGAAGACAAGCUGUAAUUGACUUGCUCGUGAGGAAUGAAAGAGAGCGACAAAGGGAACUUCAGGGUUUGCUAGAGCACCGUGCUGUGUCUGAUUUUGCUCAUCGUAACCGCAUUCAGAUAAACUACCCAAACAUAAAUAUCCAAACAAUUAGUCAAUUAAGACAACGGCACACUGUAUCUGGUUUGAGGGAAGGGUUCCGCAACAGAUUAGAAACAAUUGUACGUGGUCAAGCAAGCGCCAGUUCUGAAACCACAUCUAGCAACGUCAUCAGUUAUGUUAGAAAUGAACUUCCCCAAACAAACACGUUACAAAAUGUCCAACAUGAGAACAUUGAGGAUACACAACCUAGGAGUUUGAGAAGUCACAUUGGACAGUUGCCUAAUCAAACAGAAAGUAUGGUUAACAAUGUGCUAGUUGUUGAAAGCAUAAGUUGGCAAGAAAAUGCUAACCAAGGUGGGAAUUGGCGGGAACCAACAACCAAUGAUGAGGGAGGAAACUGGCCACAGCCGACCUAUGCUCAGUUCAAUGAAUGGAGGGAGGGAAAUGCAGAAGAAAUGGAUACAAAUUGGCAAGAAAGUUCAGUCAGCGAGUAUCACCAAGAAAUUCCUGAAAAUUUAAACGGAGGAAGUGAUUCUCAGGAACCCCAUAGAGUUUGGCAUGAGGAUGGCUCACAGGAAGCUGUUGAAAAUUGGUCAGAAGGGACUUCUGAUCCUCCAAGAGCACGCCGUGCAUCCCCAGUUAGAAGGUUCAACAGAUUUCAUCCGCCUGAAGAUGACAAUGUGUACAGUAUGGAACUUAGAGAACUUCUGAGCAGAAGGAGUGUCUCUAAUCUUCUUCGAAGUGGUUUCCGGGAAAGUCUAGACCAAUUAAUACAGUCUUAUGUGGAAAGACAAGGUCAUUCUCCCAUUGAUUGGGAUCUGCGUAGAAACUUGCCAACACCAGCUUCACCACAGCAUCAUCAAGAGCAGCAGAGAGAUGAAACAAAUGAUCAUCAGAAUGAUGCUAUCAACAGGCCUUCACUCAUGUUACCAUCUCCUCCAGUGCCUCCACCACAGCCGUUGUGGCAUCAGGAUUUGCAUCACACUAGCUGGUCAAGGCACAGCAUGCAUAGAUCAGACCUUGAAUGGGAGAUGAUUAAUGAUCUAAGAGCUGAUAUGGGCAGACUCCAGCAGGGCAUGAGCCACAUGCAGAAGAUGUUGGAAGCCUGCAUGGAUAUGCAGUUGGAAUUGCAGCGAUCCGUCAGACAAGAAGUCUCUGCGGCUUUGAAUCGUUCAGCUGGUGAAAAAGGUUUGAGUGCAGAAACACCAGACGAUGGUUCAAAUUGGGGUCAUGUGAGGAAAGGGACUUGUUGUGUUUGUUGUGAUAGCCAUAUCGAUUCACUUUUGUACAGAUGCGGACACAUGUGCACUUGUUCAAAAUGCGCAAAUGAGUUGGUUCGUGGCGGAGGAAAAUGCCCUUUGUGUCGAGCACCUAUUGUCGAGGUAAUCCGUGCAUAUUCAAUAAUGUAAAGAGAUGAAAUAACAAAAUAGGAAUUGAACAGUGUGUGUUAAAGGUCCAAAAAGAGCCAUUGCCAGAUAAAAAAGGCCCCAAUUUGCAGAAUGUUAAGUUGUUGCUGGUGUUUUUCUGAUUAUUUAGAACACUACACAGUGUAUAAUUGGAACAGCAGUUGGCAUUAUUGAUUCAUCAUUCAUGCAUAAAUAAAAUAUCGUCCAUCAA